AGCACCAGUCCUGGCGCUGUGCACGUGUCCUGUUACUUACUGUUACCAUUCUGACAAUAUCAUCCCAAGCACAUGUGAGAGGGUAAUGGAGGGAAGUUGGUGAAUCUUCUCACCUGCAAUAGAAUAUUGUGUCCUAAAACUUCAGCACAGGAGUGAGCAGUGUCUAUGGACUAUGAGUGUAGUCUUAGUCUUACACUAAGAGCUAAGGGUAUAGUCCAGUCUCCUUUCAAUCCCAGCAGCCAUGACCAGUCCAUCAUGGGCUGAAUACCUUCCAGUCCUGUCCCUCAUGGAGGUUUUCAUUCAUGCAACCUAAUGCCAUGCUCUUAGUUAACAGACAGCUCUGUUAACUCUCUUUAAACCCUUAAGUUUUCAGAGCAGCCCCAUUUCCUCUUACUCUGAUUUAUUUAUUCUUGAUACAUAAACUCCAGCUCCUAAAUUUUCACUUUUAUAUUCCUGAUAUUUGGCCAAAAAAAAAAAAAAAAAAAAUCCUGUGGCAGUAGCUUCCUUUUCUCUUUCCAGGAAAAGGGUGUGCUCCCUCGAUUUGGUUUGAUUGGAUAAAGUUAGCUGAAUGCAUCGAUCUCACUUAUUUACAAAGGUGGGGAUCUUUGGGGGAGGAUUUUUGCCUUUAUCUGAUUGGGACGCUGCAAUCCAGCCAGGCAUCGCUCUCCAGGCUGCCGUGUGUGAAUGUAAGGCUGCUUCACUCUGCGGCUGCUCUCAGGCGAGGAGCAAUCUGGGGAGGAAACAUGCUAAGAUACACAGUGCAUGUCCGAGGAGAAUGGCUGGCAGUGCCAUGCCCACACGGCACGAACACGGUUGGGUGGCUGGGAAAGGAGGCUGUGAGGCGGUACAUGAAGAACAAACCUGAUAACGGCGGAUUUACCUCCGUGGAAGAAGUAAAGUUUUUUGUUCGGAGGUGCAAGGGUCUCGGCUUGCUGGAUCUUGAUGAUACAGUGGAGGAUGCCCUGGAGGACAACGAGUUUGUUGAAGUUGUUAUAGAAGGAGAUAUAAUGUCUCCAGACUUCAUACCAUCUCAGCCAGAAGGAGUUCAUUUAUAUAGCAAAUAUCGAGAACCAGAACAGUAUAUCUCUUUAGAUGGCAGCAGCUUAACAACACAGGACUUGGUCAACUUAGGAAAAGGGCUCUACAAGAUAAAGCUCACCCCUGAAGCUGAAGCGAAAGUCAAGCAAUCGCGAGAAGUGAUUGAAAGGAUUGUAAAGGAGCAGACAGUUGUUUAUGGAAUCACCACAGGGUUUGGGAAGUUUGCCAGAACUGUCAUUCCAAACAGCAAACUGAUGGAGCUUCAAAUGAACUUGGUUCGUUCACAUUCUGCAGGUGUGGGGAAACCUUUAACCCCAGAGAGGUCCCGCAUGCUGCUGGCACUGAGGAUCAAUGUCCUAGCAAAAGGCUACAGUGGAAUAUCCCUAGAAACCCUCCAGCAAGUUAUUGAAGCAUUUAAUGCUUCCUGCCUGCCUUAUAUCCCUGAGAAGGGAACAGUUGGAGCCAGCGGAGACUUGGCCCCCCUCUCUCAUCUUGCGUUGGGAUUAACAGGAGAGGGAAAGAUGUGGUCCCCAAAGAGUGGCUGGGCUGAUGCUAAAUAUGUCCUCGAAGCCCAUGGUCUGAAACCAAUUAUCUUGAAACCAAAAGAGGGUCUGGCUCUCAUCAAUGGGACACAAAUGAUCACCUCGCUGGGAUGCGAAGCAGUUGAAAGAGCCAGCGCCAUUGCUAGGCAAGCAGACAUAGUGGCUGCCCUUACACUUGAAGUCCUGAAGGGUACAACUAAGGCCUUUGAUACUGACAUCCAUGCUGUACGUCCGCACCGAGGGCAGGCUGAAGUGGCAUUUCGGUUCAGGUCCCUUCUGGAUUCUGACCAUCAUCCAUCAGAAAUAGCAGAGAGCCACCGUUUUUGUGACCGAGUUCAGGACGCAUACACAAUGCGCUGCUGCCCACAGGUCCAUGGAGUAGUAAAUGAUACAAUUGCUUUCGUGAAGGACAUCAUGACAACUGAAAUCAAUAGUGCCACGGACAACCCUAUGGUGUUUGCUGAAAGAGCAGAGACCAUUUCUGGAGGAAAUUUUCACGGUGAAUACCCUGCAAAGGCUUUGGACUACUUGGCAAUCGGAGUGCACGAACUCGCUGCAAUUAGUGAAAGAAGAAUUGAGAGGCUCUGCAACCCCUCGCUCAGCGAACUGCCAGCAUUUUUAGUCACUGAAGGAGGUCUGAACUCCGGUUUCAUGAUUGCACACUGCACAGCAGCUGCCCUGGUUUCGGAGAACAAAGCCUUGUGCCACCCUUCCUCUGUGGAUUCUCUGUCCACCAGUGCUGCUACGGAGGACCAUGUGUCCAUGGGAGGAUGGUCUGCAAGAAAAGCACUGAGAGUCAUUGAGCACGUGGAACAAGUUCUGGCCAUAGAGCUUCUCGCUGCCUGCCAGGGCAUUGAAUUCUUACGCCCCCUGAGGACGACCACCCCAUUGGAGAAGGUCUACGACCUCGUGCGCUCGGUGGUGAGGCCUUGGAUGAAGGACCGCUUCAUGGCCCCGGACAUUGAAGCUGCUCAGAGGCUGCUGGUGGAGCAGAAGGUGUGGGAAGUAGCUGAACCUUACAUUGAAAAAUACAGGAGAGAACACAUCCCUGAAUCCAGACCUGGUUCACCAACAGCCUUCUCCCUGGGAUCGCUGGAAAGGAAAACAUAUGAUGAUCACAACCACAGGCAUCACAAUGAACUGUAACAAUUGCUCUCCUCAUACAGAGCAGACCCAGGACCUGCCCUGAGCGUGGCUGAUCACCAAAACUCAACAUGAUCUCUUCAAGUGGCCCAAAGGAACCGUUUGUCUCACUCAGGAGCACAUAGCAGCAGUAAAGAAAUGGCUCCCUAGUUCCUUCCCAUGGGACAGACAGCUUGGUCAUUAUAGUAUGGAUCUUAUUAAACACCCUGAGCUUUCAAACACAAAACAUUCAGACUCCUGCUGAAAUCAGUGGAUGUUUUACUCAGUGCCUUCUGUAUUUUUGUCAGCUCUUUGGUUGUAUUCUCUGUAUCUCUGCCAAUGAUACUGAACAGUUGAAACUUGUUAUUCUCACUUUUUUCUUUUUUCUUUUGGGAAACUGCUGCAUUACUCUUCAUUCUGCCAUGAGCAAAAUUAUCUCAAUGCUUAACCCUUUUCCCCUUUGUUCCUCCAGCACUGUGCACAUUUUAUGUAAAGCGUACGGAUUCUUGUAUAACAAAAGUAUUUUAGAGACAGGUGCUUCACAAAUCAAAAGAGCUCUGUGCAUAAGAACAUGCUGUGGUGAUUAGUGCUCCAGAACAAAAACACUGCAUUCUGAUGAUGGACUACAUUUAAUGCAGCUUUCCAAGACCUAUAGGCUCACACCUGCAAUAAAUACAGAAAGGUUCCACAUAUGGCUACAACAGUGUGUUUUCUUGUCAUGAUGAAAGGUGUUAAAAGUAAAGGCUUAGCUUAGAAAUAAGCAGCCCAGUUGACAAAGAGACUUGCAAAUGGUACUGAUGAUUUCUGGGAGAGCAGGAGGAGGAGGAGCUGUGGGAGCAGUGGAUGCGAAACAGCACUGGAGACCUGCACUUCCAAUACUUAUUGGGCAUCCAGUUGGCUGCUGGCAGCCCUGUUCCACUUUGAAACUUGUGUUGUAAUGUGCUCUGUGUUACAGCAUCGACCUCUGGCACAGGCUUUGUGUGUUUUGCAAGGAAAGAGUCAGGACUUAGGCUUCCCAUCAUAGCACAGUGACGACAUUUAAGGGCCAGUUAAAAACCAGUGACCUCGGCAAUACUGACCUGAUGAUCACAGACAUAGGGGGUACAGCGUGGGCUGGAAACCCUCCAGGUCAUCAGCUAUGCUGCAAGGGCCAAAUCACUGGUAUGGGUCCACCCAUGUGGGCCUGCAGUGGGAAGUAUGCCCUGAGGAUGGGACACAUGCCCACUGGCAAGUUAGCAGGGAGACUUUGAACAUGGCCAGGAGAAAGCACAAGUUGUGCAGGGUUGUAAGGACCUGUCCUGCCCUACUGAGAUGCAGGUGACUUUUGGCCUGUCAUUCCAAGUUACAAACAUGAGUGUGGUGACGGGUCUACAGCUCAGCAAUACGCAGACCUGGGAAUUAGGACAGCCCUAUGGUGUGUGAGGUCCCUCCUCUGGUCUCUCCCCCAUGUGCCAAAUCUGUUUCCACCCUUCCAGCUACAGACUCUGCAACAAGCUUAUCUCAAACUCCUGCUGAAGCUCUUCCAUCUCACAGCCAACCAGCUGUUAAAUAAAACCAGCUGUGAUGAUGAACCCCUACAGUACACAAGCCUGGUUGUUAUACAACAAUCUGGUUGUUAUAACAUUUGCCUUCAGCCUCAAGAUAUGGCUAAAUAACACAGUUUCUCCAAUAGCAAAACCAGCAGCCCUAAACAGUUCCCCACUGGUUGCUGCUAUAACCUCAGAUGUGGGAAAUAGCACCCAAGCAGCAUGAAUGCAAGGAAAACCAAAUGUGAACAAAGACAUGUGGCUUACAUUUUGUAUGUUAACAGACAACCCAAGGCUCAGGGAUAUCAGAAGGGCACGAUAAAGCUCCUACCAGAAUGAGACUACAGUCCUUUGUAAGAAGAGAAAAGAGAAGAGAGAAGAGAGAAGAAGCUUUGGAAAAAAAAACAAGCUCUGAAGUUCCUAAUUGCUCUUAGCGAGUUAUCAUACUUAACUGGUCAUCACAAGCACAUACAGACAAAUGAGUCUCAUGUCACUUCAGAUUCAGCCUAAAAU